AUGGCCUUCAACUUCAACUGGUCGCCGCUGGCGGCCGACGAGGAGUUCUACCAGCGGGCCCGCGACCUGCUGACCACGGCCCUCAACAAGAACCCGAAGCCGCCCAUCAUCGUCGACGACAUCUUGGUCACCGAGCUCAACCUGGGCUCCGUCCCGCCCGAGCUCGAGAUCCUCGAGAUAGGCGACCUCGCCGAGGACCGCUUCCGCGGCAUCUUCAAGAUGUGCUACUCCGGCGACGCCUAUCUGACGCUCAAGACAAGGGUACAGGCAAACCCCCUGAACACCUACUUGUCGGCUAAGCCGUCCUUCACGUCGCCGCAACCGCUUGCCGCCGCCGCGGGGUUGACGAUACCUCUGUCUAUCACCCUGUCCGAGAUCAAGCUAUCUGCUUUUGUAAUAUUAGUCUUCUCCAAGCAGAAGGGCCUCACCCUGGUCUUUCGAAAUGACCCGCUCGAGUCUAUCAAGGUCUCCUCGACCUUUGACUCCAUCCAGUUCGUCCGGGAUUACUUACAACGGACCAUCGAGGGCCAACUACGGAACCUGAUGAUGGACGAGCUCCCCGCCAUCAUCCACAAGCUGUCGUUGCGACUCUGGUGUCCCGAUCAGCUGCCGAAGGACGAGGCCGACGUACCAAAGGAGAGCUCGGACGACGAGGUCGCUGUCGACCCCUUCGCCGCCCAGCCCGUGGAUGCUGUCGAUUCACGCGGUCACGUGCUUGAUGCGAAUGAGUUGGCAUCAUUAUCUCUUGAAGGCGGCUCGGAAGUGCAUUCGCUCUUUUCUCAGAAGAACCUCCUGAGACUGGCAGCCCUCAACGACUCGCAUCGGACGCUGUCGCUAUUCACCCCUGGCAUCCAAAAUGUCAUGGUUCGGGCCUGGCUUGGACCGAACGAACGUGGUGAUGCCGGCAGAUCGACACCGCUGGCCGCACCGAGUCUUAUGCGCACGCAAUCUGUCGAGGGAACCUCCACGACGUAUACUUUCACAGAAGCUGCAAGCAUGGACAAUGGAUCGAUAUCAUCAAGACCGUCCUUGGUCAGUCUGAACUCCGCUACGACCGGUCUGGCUUUGGGCGCGGGUCGCCAUCCUCGCAUGUCUCGCAAGAAGAAGACGCGGGUUGUCAACCUUCGUCGCUCAAAGACCGGGACGGCCAGCGAGACGACCAGCGAGAUGGGCGAAUCCAUGUCCGAUACAACCUCGGUUGCAGGACCGAGCUCAGAACCGGUCAUGUCUGUCUCGAUCCCCGAGGAGACGGAACACGAGAUCACACAGCACCAAGUCACGUCUCCGCGCUCAGUCCGCUUCAGAAAUGGGGACGAGAAGGCUCUCCCCGCGCGCAGCCCCCUGAGCAUGGAUAUCUACCAAGAACAGGCUGCAUCGCCUGAAGUUCCGGUGGCUGCGGCAGAGAAGGACGAGAGGUAUACAUCAGCCCAGCAGGAGAAGGCUGCGGAAGCUGCUGCGAUCUCCUCUAGGAGUUCUUCCAGAAGCCCCUUCAACCUCGACCGAAAGCGAAACAAUGGAUCCGACACUUCCUCCGUAAUUCUGGAGCAAGCUUGGAUCUCAAAGAUGGCGGGCGAGAUUGCCCGCCGCGUGUACGAUGAGAAGCAACGCAACUCGAAUUUCUGGGCGGAUCGGGACGACAUCCCGCCGCCCGCCUACGAGGCCACGCAAUAA